AUGGAAGCAAAUGAAGCAGGGGAGUCAUUUUUCCCAACAAAGCUAUUUGGUCAAGAAAACAAGAGAACAUGUGAAAGAAUUUGGAGAUGUUUAAAGAAAGAUAAAGUAACAAGCAUUGGUAUAUAUGGAGUUAAAGGGGUUGGAAAAACAACAUUAGCCAAGCUCAUCAAUCAUAUUCUUGAACAAAAAACUCAAUCCCAAGUUUUUUGGAUAAAUGUUUCUCAACAAUGCAACAUCAAGGGGUUGCAAGGUGAUAUUGCUCUAGCCCUUGGAUUGGAUCUUUUAGUGGAACAAGAUGAAGAGAAGAGGGCGAUCGCGUUACAUGAAUCGUUCAAAAGGAAAAAGGAUUUUGUACUAAUACUAGAUGAUGUGUUGGAAGAUGUACCUUUGAAAAUGUUAGAAAAUCUUGGAAAUGAGCAAGUGAUUCCUCUAGAAGUUGAAGGAAUUGCCAAAUCUAUGGUAAAUAAUUGUACUAGUGGCCUUCCACUUGGAAUUAUUACAAUAGCUACAAGACUAAGAGAAUUGGAAUUGGAUAAUGUUGAUCAAUGGAGAAAGGCUUUGGAAAAUAUUACUAUUCAAGAGUCAGUUAAAGGGGAGAACAAUGAUGUUAUGAAUAUGUUGUUAUAUAGUUUUAACUGCUUGAAGGAACAAAAGCUACAACAAUGUUUCUUGUAUUGUUGUUUGUAUCCAGAAGAUGAGAAAAUAUCUAAGGAUCAAUUGAUAAGUAGGUUAAUCUCAGAGGGGCUAAUCGAUGAACGAGAGACUCGCGAGGCAGAAUUUGCAGAGGGAUAUGAAAUAUUGAACAGAUUGGAAGGUGUAUGUUUGUUGGAAAGUGGCAUAGACAGUGAAGGUAAUCAAUGUGUGAAAAUGCACAAUCUGAUUAGAGAUAUGGCGCUUAGGAUCACUAAAGAAAAUCCUAUAUUUAUGGUGAAAGCUGGAGUUCAACUGAAUGAUGCACCAAUGGAGGAUGAAUGGCUGGAAAAUUUGGACAAGGUAUCUCUAAUGAGGAACAACAUAGCUGAAAUUCCACCAGGAACAUCAGCUAAUUGUCCUAGACUGACAACCUUGAUGUUGCAGCAGAAUUAUCACUUAUGGAAAAUUCCAGAUUCUUUCUUCGAGCACAUGAAGGAGUUACGUGUUCUUGAUUUAGGCCAUACUUGCAUUGAGAAAUUGCCUGAUUCUGUAUCCGACUUGGAGAAUCUCACCGCGCUCUUGCUUGCAUUUUGUUGGAAUCUUAGAUCAAUUCCAACUUUGGAAAAACUCAAGUCAUUGCAAGAAUUGGACUUAAGUGGCACCGGGAUUCAGACUCUGCCUGAAUCCCUUGAGGCUCUGUUGAGCCUCAAAUGCCUGAAUAUGUAUGCAACGCGUUGGGUCGAGAAAAUACCAAUAGGGAUAUUGCCUCAGCUCUCCACUCUGCUACGCCUAGUCUUAUCGCAUCAUAUGGACGUACAAGGUGAGCAACUAGAGAUGCUAAAAGAGUUGGAAGAAUUUCAAGGCAGGUUCUCUAAUAUUCAUGACUUCAACCGAUUCAUCAUAGCUCAAGAAAAUGAGGGAUGCCUUGGGUUUUACAGAAUAUUAGUAGGUGACUAUGAUGGCUUAGGACCAAUGACACAAAUCCAAUUCAAUCAUGGAAGAAUUUCGGAUAAAUUAGUCAAGUGUUAUGGACUUGGAAAAGAAGAUGAAGUAUUAUCGCUUCCACAAGACAUUCAACACUUAAAAAUUGAGAGCUGCAAUAACUUCAGUGGCUGUCUUUCGGAUUGUUUGCCAUGUCUUUAUGAUUCUAAAGAUCUAAAGUACUUCAAAGUUCGCUGGUGCAACAAAAUAGAGUACCUUAUCAAGGUAAAAGAGGGACAAGAAUCCGUCUCAUUUCAUUCUCUCGAGCAUCUUGAUCUCCUUGAAUUGCCUAGUUUUAUUGGUAUUUUCAACGAGUGGGAAACAAGUUUGAGUUCUUCAAUUCCUCUGCCUGGUAUUUUUUCCUUCCUUAGAAUGAUACGAAUCGAAAGAUGUCACAAUAUCAAGAAGCUACUUCCAAUCAAUCUAUGCUCGAACCUGCAAAAUCUUGAGAGGAUAUAUGUCCUUUCUUGUAGUCAAAUAGAGGAAAUAAUUGUAGACGAAAAUGAUGGACUCGUCGUCCUUCCAAAAUUGACAAGAAUAUGCUUAUGGUCUUUGCCAGAAUUGAAAAGCAUAUGCACUGGAAAAAUGGUUUGUAACUCAAUCAAGAAAGUGUCAAUAAAGGAAUGUGGUAAGUUAAGGAAAUUGCCUUUCUUUUUUUCCCCUGAAGAGGAAGAUGAGAAACUCAAAAUUCCCUCUACACUCAAAGAAAUUGCUAUACAUUCAAAUGAUAAAGAAUGGUGGGAAUCUUUGGAAUGGGAUCAUCCAAGCACAAGAAAUGAGCUUCAGCCCUUUGUUAAAUAUUUGUAA